UGAAGUACUAGAAAUAUUCGCAGUUGGCAUAGCAUAUUUAGGUUUCGAAGGGACUACUCAUACUAUCGUACUAUCUGAUGUCUUUGUAACAUACCAUGUCAUCAGACAUACUGCAGAAGUCAAAUUGCAGUGGUUUCCGUAAAGAGUUACACCGAAGUACACGUCACAAGAAGCCGUAAGGUAAACAGACGAAGGAUGAGUCGUGAGGAAUACGAAAGCUACUACAGAGCAGUUAUUUUGUUAAUACUCUUCGUUGUGGCCAGCGGCUCAAAGACGAGUUCUCAGCAACGUUACCGUCGCUUCGAGUCUGUAAAUUCCUGCUUCCUGGCAGAAUACGCCCACUGGAGGAAACUGGAGCAAGUAGUCAUAUUCGAACAUCCCAGAUUCGACACUAUGGACCUCGUGAAAGGAUUGAACAGGCGCGGGCUAUCCGUGGGUCUCCAAGAUCUGACAGAUCCACAAUUGCCUUCUGCCGUUACCAUUGCCCGUCACAGACUGGGCGCAGUCAUUUUGAUUGGGUCUCAGAUCUCAUCUGUUGCAGAAGAAUUCCUGGAACAGGUGUCACAGAAGCAGCUAUUUCACUCCUACGUGUCUUGGGUCAUUGUCGCAGAGAAGACAAUUCAUUCCGUCAACUCAAAUUUCACUAUCGAAGAAAGACUAAGAUAUUUAAGUAUCGGUCCUGACACGGAUUUGGUGAUCGCAACAAAAAUAAAGGAAACUAAAGAGAGCAUCCCUGGCACCAGUACUAGGAGCAGGACCCACAGUUGGGAUGACAGGGAUGAUGCAACCAACUACGAAAGCGAUGGGUCACACAGACGUGGAAAGAGAGGCGUCCUUGUCAGUGGUGAAAAGCUUAAUGAUGAAAGAUAUCUUCACAUGAAAAGAAAUUGGAAUCAUCCUGAAAGUGUUAAGAGACAUAAAGAAGAAAGAAGAAGAAAAGGCAAUAGAAACUACAACAAUAAAAAAGAUAGAAAUCACUUGUACAAUGAAAUAGGAAAUUGCAGAGAGAAUCCAGAUAGAACAGAAUAUUCUGGACUAGGAUUUUCGUUGCUUCAAGUAUAUAAGAUUCGUCAAAAUUCCAACAGUUCACUGGUCAUGAUUCCGCUAGGAUCGUGGAAUGCAACAGUUGGAACUGCAAAUUUGAUGUUCCCAGAUGGUAUCGAGCGGCGAAACGAUUUCCGUGGUCUCCCACUUUUCGUAGGUGUAAGAAACGUCAGUCAAAAUAUAGCGGAAGUAGGAGGUGGCGCUACAAGAGACACGACGCUGUCGGCACAGAGUUCAGAAGACGAGAUUGAAGAUGACAAUCACUUGAUGGAUCUUUUGGAAUUUAUCGUCAGAUCACUGAAUGCCAGUUAUGAAUUGGUUCCUUUCACAAAACUAGGAUGGAAAAACGAACAAGGAGCUUGGCUGUUCAUGCUGGGUGCAGUGACCACAGGAACUGUUGACCUGGGCCUGGAUAAUGUUGUCAUUACGCCAGAUCGUUAUAAAGACAUGUUUCUCACCCUUCCCAUCGUUCAAUCCAUGAGAAACAUCUAUUUUCGUCGACCAGAGAAUGGCGCCAUGCGUGACAUAUUUUUGGCCCCUUUUAGUCCUCGUUUGUUAGCUAGUGUGGUCGCUACUGGAGUAGUGAUUGCCACAGCUAUGGUACUAGUUAACGCUUCCGUAGCCAAAGGGAACAAAAGAAGGGAAUCUAAUAGUAACAGCAAGAAUUUGAAAACAAAAUGGAGUCUUGGCGAAGCAAUGGUGUGGAGUGUUAGUGUUCUGUGUAUGCAAGGUAGUUCAUGGAGUCCAAAAUCUCCAUCAGGAAGUCUGGUACUUAUCUUCAGCUUAUGUUUUGCUCUGGUAAUUUAUAAUGCUUAUGCCGCCUUCAUAACAUCUGUUCUGUCAGUUCGUGUUGCGUCUAUCAGAGGUCUGGGAGACCUCCUUGAAAGUGAUUUCCAUUUCGGCUACCCCCUAGGAGGACAGGACGAGGCUUUUCUUCGGUUAGUUAAUGACACUGCAUUACGUCGACUGUAUUUGCGAGGUUUGGUAAGGAACCAUGGAGUUCAUGAAGCCUCUUCUGGUUUACUGAAAGCAUCUCAUGGAGGCUAUGCAUUCUUUGUAUCAGCACGGCUGGGCAGGAAAGCACUGAAUUCUUUCAUUGCACAAGACAAGCGGUGUGCUAUUCAGGAGCUCACAGUAGAAGCCACCAAGAGCUCCAUUGCUUUGCCUAUGGGCACUACAUCGCCAUAUAGACGACUCAUCAAUCUCAGUUUGCUACGCAUGAGAGAAGCAGGAGUUUUAGGACCCAUACAGGAACGUAUGCUACCACCCAUGCCACGCUGUCAGGCCUAUUCUGCAUUCAACAGUGCAAGCUUGACAGAUGUGUAUUCUGCAUUCCUAGUGUUAGGUGGCGGAUUGGCAGCAGCAAUUUGUGUGGGUUUAUCAGAAAAGCUCUGGAAGCACCGAAUUUUUAUUGGUCACUGGGUAGCUAUUAAGUGGGCUGGUAAGGACAGGGCUGAAUCAAUAUGUGACCAACAGAGUGCUUCAGCACACAGACAGACUCACAAAAGAUCCAGGUUUCAACAUGAUAUUCAGUGGGUUGAUUAAGCAUGUGAUGAAUUACACUAACACUGCUUUUCACUUCAAAUUAAUUCUAGUUUUGUAAUCUUCACUGUUCUUAUAUGUCUCUAUAUAGACUCAAAAAUAAGUUCAUUAUAUUGUAUUGAAGCAUCCUGUUGCUCUGUGUGUCCCACUUUUAGAAUUCUUAUUUCAUCACCUCUGUGCAACUCCAUCCAUAUAUUGAAUUCACCCUUCAAGGCUCUUUUCCUCUUAUUAUUAUUUAUUUUACUUUACAUGUUUCAGCCUAAAUGGCCAUCAUCAGGUAUAUUUGUGGUUUGUCAUUUAUAUGAGCAUAUCAAUUAAGACACUGAUUUUUAACAGAAGAAGAUCAAGGCAAUAAUUUCUUUACUGAGAUUUCAUAUAACAUGUAAAGAUACCUUAAUGUACUUUCUUCAUUUUUAGGUCUGAACUGCAGAACCUUGGGGGCACACGGCAUAGUGGUUAAGGUACUAUGCUACAAGUUGGAAGGUCGCAGGUUCAAAUACCGAUGAGGUCAUUGGAUUUUU